CCCCCAAGCCCCAGUCGCUGAUGCUCACACACUGUCACGGACAAAUUCUCUUUUUCUACUUACGGCUGGUUCUCACUUAUCAGAGAUGUUUCUCCGACGAGUUACUGGCAACUUGCUCAGGAUGUUCCGGUUUCCUUCAAAGACCAUCGUUACCACUUGCGAAAGAACUAUCACCAUCUCUUCAACCAUCCCACUAUCGAGUAAAGUGAGAUUUUCCUCCCAAUAUUCUUCUGGAAUUUCUAAUUGGUGGCAGGAUAAUAGAGAUGUUGCUUUAUGGAUUAUACUCUCUGGACAAGCUGCAAUAGUUCUUGGGAUGAAUGGUAACCGUGCUUUGGCAGAAGAUUCUGCUGAUAGUGGAACUGGAAAUGACAUAGGAGAUGCCAACUUAACUGCCUUGCGCAAAAUAGAGGAUGGAUCUGUGGUAUCAAAUUCACAUACAUCUAAGUGGAGGAUUUUUACAGACAAUGGGAGGGAUUUAUUUCUUCAAGGAAAACUAGAGGAAGCUGAAAAGUACUUUUUGUCAGCACUAGAAGAAGCUAAACAAGGCUUUGGCGUUCGGGAUCCUCAUGUGGCAUCAGCCUGCAACAAUCUGGCAGAGUUAUACAGAGUAAAAAGGGCAUUUGAUAAGGCUGAGCCAUUAUAUUUGGAGGCUGUCAAUAUUUUGGAGGAAUCAUUUGGACCCGAGGAUAUACGGGUGGGUGCAGCCUUCCACAACCUUGGGCAAUUUUAUCUUGUACAGCGGAAACUUGAAGAAGCUCGUGUUUUUUAUGUGCGGGCUUUAAAGAUCAAAGGGCGUGUUCUUGGAUAUGCCCAUAGAGACUAUGCAGAUACGAUGUAUCAUCUUGGAACGGUUCUCUAUCUUCUAGGAAAAGAGAAGGAUGCUGAGGCUCUUGUUCAAGAUUCUGUGAGGAUAUUAGAGGAAGCUGGCCAAGGGGAAUCAGUUAUUUGCCUGCGGAGAUUGCGGAAACUUGCUCAGAUGCUUAUAAAGUCCAAUCAACUUACAGAAGCUGAGAAUGUACAAAGAAAGAUCCUGCAUGUUAUGGAACUAUCAAAGGGAUGGAAUUCAUUGGACACUAUUAUUGCAGCAGAAAGCCUGGCCUUGACCCUACAAUCUGUUGGAAGCCUAAUAGAAGCACAGGAGCUUCUAGAACGAUGUCUUGAUGCCAGAAAAUCCGUACUUCCCGAGAAUCAUAUUCAGAUUGGUGCCAACAUGCUUCAUAUGGCAAGAAUAGCAAUGCUCUAUUCUAACCAACUAAGGAAGGUGGAUAUUUCCAAAGCAAGUGCUGAGCUUGAUAAGGCAAAAGUUUUACUGAACAACUCGAUAAGGAUAGCAAAUCAAGCUUUGGACAAUCUAAAACAGAAGGGUAGCAACAUGCAAAACAAUGGAGACCCUAGAAAAAUUGGGAAGGACGAGCAUGCAGCAAUGGUCAUACUGGCAUGUACUGUGGCCAGUAGGAUGCUCAAUACCUUUUCUGUACUGAAUUACACCUUUUCAAAAUUGCAAUCAUUUGAUGCUCUUGGGCUUUUAGAAAUCACCAAACAGAAAUUGCAGGAGCCUAAGGAAAAGCAUGGAAGCAUAAUUGAGGCUGAGAAAGCACUUCAACAAUGUCUUUCUACCUUCAAAGAGCCUAGAAUCCAGAUGUCAAUCUCCAAUUCUCCUGAAGUCAAAUCUGAAUACCUUUCAUGUUUGAAGCAUCUCUUGGGCCUUAUAAGUGAGAGCACAGGUGAUGGGAUACAGCAGUCAAGAAAAACUGUUCUGAAAGAGCUUAAAGAUGAAAUCAAUCGUGUUGAGACUGAACUUUCAUCAAAGAGAAAGCAUAGAAAGUAAUGAUGCAGCUUAUUUUAGUUAAAACUGUAAAUCAUGCAUAUGGUGGUAUAUAUUGUUGCCAAAAGGUGACAGGCCCACGCAAAGGUUACCCUAAAUAAAAGUAGGCACUUUUAAAAUACCAUAUUAAUUUUUCUUUGAUGCUUAUAUGAAGCCGAAUCUAUAGGUUAAGUAUGACUUGAUUGGGAGACAAUAAGAAGCCAGUGACCUGUUCAUGGGUCGGGAUUGGGCUUGGACUUUGCAAAUAUUUGAAUGGGCCUGGCCCAAAGCCACUAACAUGUACAAAUUAUUUGUAAUCGUGACUACUAUAGCAGUUCUAGUAUUGUACUCUGGUAGACUGUUUAUCCCAUACCAGAAUCACUUUGGCAUUGUACAUUUGUUGCUCAACAGAUAAUUGUAAAUUUGUAACUACUGUCAGCAGUUUUAUGGA